CAUACUCUCCUUGGUCUUCUUCAUUAUCUAUAUGCUAGGGCCAACUCUGGUCGCGUUUUAUAUUGGAGUAAGAUGGCACGCAAUUACUAAUAAAUAUGAGCAGAGCACUCAAAAAGUGUUAACUAUCCUAUUUGGGCUUCAUUACAUAAUUAUGGUGUUUUUCAUCAGGACGUCAUUCCUUGCAUCCAUGUUAAGUAACCUAUUCCUCUUGUUUGGGGUAUACUUUGGGAACAAAUUCCAAGUUAUGGGAAUAACAGGAGGAAUCUCUACAGGAAAAUCAACUGUAUCAAAUAUUUUAGCAAAUGCAGGAUUUGCUGUGAUAGAUUCAGAUAAAAUAUCUAAAGAAGUAAGCAACGAUCCUAAAACCAUAAAUCAAAUCAAGAAAGAAUUUGGCGAAGAAGUGUUCGAUGACAAGGGCGAACUUGACAGAAUAAAACUUGGAGAAAUUGUAUUUAAGAGUAAAACUAAAAGGAAGAAGUUAAACAGUAUCAUGCAGGGAAAAAUAUUUUGGAAAAUGAUCAAAGAGUUUUGGAGGUUAAGAUUUACUGAAAACCAAAGCUCUAUUAUCCUAGAUGUCCCUCUCUUAUAUGAAACCAAAAUUUUAGAGUAUAUUUGCUAUCCAAUUCUUGUUGUUGCAGUUGAUGAUGAAGAAAAAAUUAAGAAAAGACUUAUGGCAAGGAAUCAGCUUACCGAAGAACAAGCUUUAGACAGAAUCAGAGCUCAAAUGCCAUUAAAGCUUAAGUGUGAAAAAGCAGAUAUAAUUGUAAACAAUAGUGGGAACUUCUCAGACUUACAAAAUGAGCUUAAAGACAACACAAUGAAACAAAUAAUCAAAUGACUUUCUUCCCCAGCUUCUUAGAUUGAUUUCAAUAAUUAUAUUUAAAA